UCAGUUCAAAUAUGUGGAGCAAAGUUAUCCCUACCGUUUUUGGCAUCCUCUGUUUGGUGGUUAUAAUUGAAAGUAAAGUAGCAGAACCAGAAGAUCCGGACAAAUAUUACAAAUGCUUCACAUAUGCCGAAUGUGUUUCAGAUGGGUCAGCACAUAAGAACAUAUUGCAAUGUUUCAAAGAGCAGCCUCUUGAGAAACUGUACCCAAUAUUCCACUAUGUCAAUCAAACUUUGCCUAUGCCUUUCAAAUACCAAACCAAUGAUAUAUUUCAAGCAAUCAAAGAAUAUUGCAACGAAAACGGAGAAAAUCGAGUGAAAGCAUUUGAAUUGACUUUCAAUGGUAUUUUCAUGUAUCAAGAUAUGGCAUGCGAUUCUUCAAACAUGCCGAAACAAUGCCAGAGUGUAGAAAAAAUAUUGAACUGCUUUUUCAAUCUGCUUGAUAAACUGAUGGGAAGCAAUAAAUGCACACUGAACUGAUGAUGCAUACGUAUCUCAAAUGAUAUUUUUUUUCCUGAAAUCAAUUAAUGAUCAAUAUUUGAAAUAUGUCGCUUACCUGUAA